ACACAUAUCAGUUCUUCCUCCUCAUCGGCGCGGUAAUGGCUGCCACCGCUUGUUGGGGUCUCUACGAGCGUACUGACCAGUGGGCCUACCGUAUCAUUCUGAUCAUACAGUUCCUCAUUCCCAUCGUCAUGAUCGUAGGCGGCUUUAUCCUCCCUGAGUCACCACGUUGGCUCGUACGACAGGGAAGAGCAGAGGAGGCGCGCAAAGUGCUUCUACUCCUGAGGAAGGACCAGCAGCCGGCCGACGUCGACGCCGAGAUCGCACACCUCGCUGCAGCUGAGGAGCAGCAGAAGAUGUUCUCUGCCGAAUCCACUUGGCUGGAUUGCUUUAAAGGACCCAACCUCCGGCGCACAGCAAUUGCAGCUGGUGUGCAGUGCCUCCAGAACGCUCAAGGCAACAGCUUCAUGGCCAACUACUCGAUCCUCUUCUUGCAAGCUAUUGGGAUGACGGACGUCUACCGCAUCCUUGUGCUGUUGUACUUUACGAACAUGGCUGCCUCGGGUUUCGCUUUCUACUUCGCAGACAAGAUUGGACGACGGCCGCUUAUGUUCGUGGCUGCGUCAGUCAUGGCAAUCUGCAUGUGUACCGUUGCCGGCAUCGUCACUCGCACUCCCACUACCGCUGGUCAAAAUGGAGCUCUCGCAUGCCUUUUCAUCUGGCAAUUCGUGCAGGCUAUUGGCUGGUCCUCCUGUGUCUGGAUAGUCACGGCUGAAGUUCCCAGCACUCACCUCCGCGAGCGUACUGUCACAAUCGCAACAGUCUCUGGCUUUAUCGUUGGCGUUCUGGUUACUUACAUUAACCCGUUUAUGCAGAAUCCAGGCUACGGUGACCUGGGUGGCAAGGUGGGCUUCGUCUAUGGAUCCUUCUCAGUGGUUGCAGCUGUCUGGGUAGCCCUCUUUCUGCCCGAGAUGAAAGGUCGAAGUCUUGAGGAGCUUGACGAGCUCUUUGCGAAGAAGGUACCGACCUUCCGGUUCGGAGCUUACAAGCUAGAGGGUGGUGAAGUCGUCACCGAGAAGGUUGAUGAGGAACAAGAGGUCACCAUCACUAGCAAAGCGUAAGAUUUUCAGCCACUGGCAAUGGUGUAUCGGCUCGCAAGUCUGAAGAAGCUCUCCAUCAUGUGAUCUCUUAUAGAUCACGACAACUUCAAUAUCGUGCAAACGGCGUUAGCCUCAUCGUUCCAUGA